AUGUUUAAACUGAAUAAAAGUGGGCUGGCUGAGAUUAAAAUCGAGAAUGUUUAUUUUUACCCAAUUAUUCAAGGGUACUUUGCCGUUCCAUUACGUUUCCCUGACCGAACGGAUAUAUUCCACCGUCAUCAAAGGUUCGACAGGGCCCUUCGCUAUUCUAUUGCCAAGCCAUACGUAUCAAGAUACGUAUUAUUGCUAGGGUCUCAGUGUCAGGAACUAUGUCGCGACACUAGUGUCUGGCAUACGGAUUAUCAUAGUCGGCAGGCUAAGGGUUAUCUCCAAGUGGGCGGAACCAACAAGACCAGGUUUUAUUGUUUACCCAAGGACGAGGUACCUUGGUACGAGGGGGUGGGGAGUGGGCAUAGUGGUUGUGGUCUCUACAAAUUGCGAGUAACCGCUAUUAGUAUGUCAGUUAGUAAGUGUUCACCGACAAGUGCACCUCGAGAGUUAGAGACUGAGGCGAAAAUUGAACAAAAUAUUGACGAAUCCAAGUCGAAGUGUAACCGAGCAAAGAACAACGCGAAAAUGACGCUGAUCGAUUUUACCAACAUCGUUCAUCAACAAUGCAUUUCUCCGGACAACCCGGUGUAUCCGCCAUCACCUACUAGUGUUGAAUCUGGUGGAUCUGGAUCCAGUUGGCAAAGUUACAAUAAUUAUGGGAGGACGACUCAUUGUGAUCAACAGUACUGGAGGAAUAACGAUUUUCAUCAGCAACAACAGCAGCCGCAGCAGCAGCAACCGGAGAUGAUAAGGACGCAGCUACCUCCCUAUGGCCUUCCAACAAUUAAAAUGGAACCGAGACAACAGCAAUUGGAACGACAAACUUCUACUACUAAUAAUCAAGCAGCUCCACGCAAGCAAUCCAAUGGAAAACGAUCGCGAACAGCUUAUUCGAGUGCUCAGCUGGUGGAAUUGGAAAAGCAGUUCGCUAUGGGACGUUAUUUAUGCCGUCCUCGACGAAUCGACAUGGCUCGAGCCCUUGAUCUCUCCGAAAGACAGAUCAAAAUUUGGUUCCAAAACCGACGCAUGAAAUUCAAGAAGGAGCAGAGUUUGGACAAAACAGACGGAUCCCUCAAGUCAUCAAGAUCAUCAGCCCCUUCAGUGAAGAAGGAGCCAGCUGAAAAAUCAGCUAACGUAGCAUCACCCAAUUGGCCAUUGUCGGGCUAUCGUCAAGUAUCAGCCGCUUCAUCUUCAGGGUACUAUCAGUACGUGCCUUCAGCGAUUCUCUCAGGUCCCAAGGCAUAUAACCGUGCUCCUGAGCCUGCCGACAUCAAGAUGGAGAAGGAACGGUAUCAGAUGCCUCUGCCAAACUCUGGACAGACCAUGGGGUCUGUGGAACAGCAGGAAACUUAUUGGAAGCCUUAUGAACACGAGUAUUAUGAAGGACAAUCCCAGGCAAUUCACAAUGGUUAUCCAUCGGUACCACAGACAGCUCAGUCUAGCCAGCCCCCACUCUGGCAGACUGAUAUACUCCCACAGGACAACUACAAUCUGCAAAAUGCGACAAAUAUCUAUGAUGGAUAUCAGAACAGGAGCGAAGCUUUACCACUUCAAAGUCAACCACCAUAUAAUGGAGGAAAUACUCCACAGGGCUCUACCUUGCCGGUACUCCAGGAUGUUAGCUCUUGGUUCACCGAGAAUACCGAGCAGGUGCAGCCACUUUCGCAUGAAAAACCGGUGACAGUUGAAAGUACUGAUCCCUUACCCACUCAUGUCUUCAGUACAAACUUCAUGAGCCUUUGAAAUUGGAGAUCAGGAGCUUGAACUAGUUUUAACUUAACUUUUAUGUAAUGUUAAGUUUGAUCUUUAUAUUUGAUGUUUAUAUUGAUCCAUGUAUAGUAAUUAAGUUUUGUCCGUCGCGAUGUAAAUAAAGCUUAUGUAUGCUUAUGUAUGUGGAAUAGGGAACUGAUAAUGUAUGAUAUCUACAUUCUGUCAAAACGAUUGUAAAAAGUCCCAAAUAAAAUGUAAAUACACUGUGUA